AUGCUGGAUGCAUGGAUUUCCAGCCAAGCCUUUGCUAAAGAUGCCAGCUCUUCGCUUGUUAGUGUUCAAAGCAGGCAAGGAAGAACUUUAGCCCACUUCAGCCCUGAAAAUACGGCUAAGAAGUAUCUUCGGUUUACGCCUUGGGGGGAACCGCUGUACAAAGCAGCAUUCUUCUUGCGCAAAACGAUGACAAUUUCUUGCGUGGGGCGCUCUUUACGGAUUCUGCGGGACCUUAUGGAAGAAUGUCGUAUAGAGUAUCUGAAGCAUUCUGAAAACAAAACUUCAAUUUUCGAAAACCACAACAACGGCUGGAAACGAACCAUUACCCGGGACCUUAGGCCGAUCGAGACAGAUCUACGCUCAUUCCUAGACCCCAAAGCUCAGUCCUGGUACGCGAGACGUGGACUGCCGUAUCGGAGGGGCUACCUGCUCUUCGGCCGUCCUGGAACCGGAAAAACCAGUCUGAGCAUGUCCGUCGCCGGAUUUUUUGGACUGGAUAUCUAUGUCCUUAGCCUUGCUACUAUGAACGAUGAACAGCUCGGUUCUCGUGUGUCUGAAGUUGAUGACUUCGAGUCCCAAUCAGAAGAUUCACGGAGGUUGCGGAAGCCGCACGGGACUGUUUCGUUGUCUGGGCUCCUCAAUGUUCUUGACGGCAAGAUCGAAUUUCAGCUUGUAGAUGCUGGCGUAGUUAGGGAAAUAUUUAAUACGGUGUUUUAUUAUUCAGAGGAAGAGACGCCGAACUUGAAGGAUCGAGAAGCUAGCAACGAAGAAGCCCGGCGACUGGCAGUUCAAUUUAUAGCUAAAGUACCGGAGCUAGAGUUUAACCCCGCUGAUAUUUUCUCUUUCCUCCUCGCCAAUAGAGACUCACCAUUAGACGCUUUGGCCGAGGUGGAGGGAUGGGUGUUGCGUACUAGAAAGGAAAGAGCGAUGAGCCGGGGAAACUCAUGGGUUCAGAGUGACUAAUUUGUGGUUCUGUGCUUUUCUUUUCUUUUGGUUUCGCUUUCUUUGAUAUCAGCCCAACUCCUUGUCAAUCCUUACAUAUAUCG